AUGAGUUUAUUUAAUACGAAAAUUUUCAAUGUUUCGUCAAUUGAAAUGUUAAUAUUAUAUGGAAUAACAAUUAGUGGAAUAUUAGUUAAUUUAUUAACAAUGUUAUAUUUAUUAAUCAUAGCUGCAUAUAGAAUGAAAUCAUCAUGUUUUUUAUUUCAUCAUUGUCUUAUUUGUUUAACAUUAUCAAUCUUAUGUUUACCAUAUUCAUUAAGUUUUUUAAAUUAUUCAAUACGAUGUAAUUAUUUAGCUAAUAUACAAGUAACAUGUGUAACAGCUCAAUUAUUAAAUAUGGCUGCGAUGGUUGCUAGUGAAGCAUAUAGAUUUGAAGAUCUUAUUCAUCAAGAUACUCCUCCCGAAAAAGAUACACAAAUUAUUAAUCAACAUCAACAUAAUCAUUAUCAAUAUCAAUUAAAACAAUCAAAUAAAUCAACUAUUUCAUGUGGUUGUCUCUCUUUUGGAAUUCUUAUUAUUUGGUUUUCAUCUGUUAUACUUCAUUUAGGUAUAACAAUGAUUGGUAGUGAAUCUAAAUCAUAUUAUGAUUCUGAUAGUCGAUAUUGUAAUUUUUUAAUUCGAGAUAUUCGUGGAUAUGUGUUAACAUUAAUGUGGAUAAUAAUAAUAGUAUUUAGUUUAAUAAUAACAUUAAGAUAUAUUCAUAAAAUCUUAGGUGAAGUAUCAUUAAAACGUCGAAAUAAUCAACCAUUAUUAUCCUUAGCUAUACUUGGACAAUCUCAUGGACAAUCAAUUGCAUCAAGAGAUAUUCUUAUGCAACAAAUUGAACAAAGACUUAAACUUAAUAUUUUACUUAUUAUUAUUUUUAUUAUUUUUUGGUUUCCAUUAUUUAUUCUUACAUUAUUUAAUAUUAAAUUUGAACUUCACAAACAAAUACUUAGGUAUUUAAUGUUACUUGCUUGGUCGAAUUCUUCUGUAUCUCCAUUAACAUAUUUAUUAUUAUUACCAAAAUGUAGUGAUUUAUGUCGAUUAUGUUGUAGAAAAGAUCGUUCAAGUACAUAUGAUAGUUUAACAUCAUAUUAUAAUAGAAUUGGUGAUAGAUUUCAUGAUAUUGGAAAAUGGGAUCAAAUAAAAACAGAUCAAUUUAAUACAAAAAAUAAUAAUUCGAAAAAAAUAAAAAAAUAUUUAAAUGAAAAUGAAAAUGAGAAUGAAAAUGAGAAUGAGAAUGAUAAUGAACAUGAAAAUGAAACUGAUGAUUAUUUAAAUAAAAUCAAUUCAUUUAAAUUAAACAAAUUUAAUAAAAUUUCAUCUGAUUAUUCUGAUGAAUCUCAUACGAAAUCGAAUUCAAUUAUUGUUAAAGAAAUGCAAUUAAAUGAUAGUGAUUCAUCAUCAUUAACAACAGUAACAACAAAACAACAACAUCAUCAAUUAUCAUCAAAUGGUUUAAUUGUUACAUCGAAUAAACGAACACAUUUUUAA